GUGCAAGCUCCGGUCCUUCCUUCACUACUUGGCAAGUCCCUGACCCAGAAAUGACACGACCCAUCAGAUCGUGCAAUGAGUCGCUAAGUAGAGAGCUGAUCCAAACCAACAAGCUGAAGCAUUACCCCAGCAUCCACGGGGACUUCAGCAACGACUUCAAGCAGCCGUGUGUGGUGUUCACCGGGCACCCCACCCUGAGAUUUGGGGACGUGGUGCAUUUCAUGGAGCUCUGGGGGAAGUCCAGCCUGAACACCAUCAUAUUCACCGAACCAGACUUCUCCUACCUGGACGCCUUGGCCCCGUACCAGCCGCUGGCCAUGAAGUGCGUUUAUUGUCCGAUCGACACGAGACUCAACUUCAUCCAAGUCACCAAACUUCUGAAGGAGGUCCAGCCUCUGCAUGUGGUAUGUCCGGAGCAGUACACCCAACCGCCAGCCUCCCAAUCCCACCGAUCCGACCUCAUGAUAGACUGCCAGCCUCCCCCCAUGUCCUAUCGCCGCGCUGAGGUGCUCACCCUCCCCUUCAAGAGACGCUACGAGAAGAUCGAGGUCAUGCCAGAGUUGGCCGAGUCUCUGGUACCGAUGGAAAUUAAACCCGGCGUUUCCUUGGCGACCGUGUCUGCCGUCCUGUAUACGAAAGACAACAAGCACGUCCUGCAGCCUCCUCCGAAGCUCCCGCCACCGCCGCCAUCAGGGAAGAAGAGGAAGCGACCCGCGGAGGAGAGUCCAGAGAGCCAGCCAUUCAAAGCUCUGCUGAGCGGCACCAUUCCUGUAGAGCAGUUUGUACAGACCCUGGAGAAGCACGGAUUUAGCGACGUGAAGGUAGAGGACACGGCCAAGGGUCACAUCGUCCACUUGCAAGAGGCCGACACGCUCAUCCAAUUCGAGGAGGACUCCACCCAUAUCAUCUGCGAGCACGACGAGCGCCUCCGGGUUCGGCUUAGGGACCUGGUGCUAAAGUUCUUACAGAAGUUUUAGACUGCGGUUCCAGAACUUCUGAGAAUUGUUGAACAAUGGACCGCGUUUCCCAAGUUGGCCUCCAGAGGG